AUCUGAUCCACGCGCCUCAUUCAACUCCGGCUGCACAGGUUGUGAGUUGGAGAGAGGGGAGAGCAGCGGAGGCAAAGGACAGAGAGGACAGGUGGAGGGGAAAAAUUAAAAGAGAGGAUCUGUUCACUUUCACGUUUUUUCUGAGGUAAGAAGAAGAAGAAGAAGAAGAAGAAGAAGAAGGAGUCAGGGUGAGAGGGAGUGAGGCAGCAGAGACAGACAGAAGUUCUCAGGCGUGGGACUGUACCCUGGGCAGUGGGACGUUCCUCCAGGGGAGGUUGUAGUGUGAUCUUCGGCAGCGAACCCCUCUCCUCUCCGACCGGGAGUCAGACCCCCCCCGCCCCCCCCGGCCCCUCAGGGGAUCCAGAGCCAUGGAGCCGACCGAGGUCGAGGGCGAGCCCAAGGAGAGGAAGAAGAUCCACUUUGCCGUGACGUCCUCCGUGCCCACUAACCUGGACCCUCGGCAGGUGGAGAUGAUCCGGCGCAGGAGGCCCACACCUGCCACGCUGUUCAGAGUUGCCGACCAAUCGUCUCCCGAGGACGAUCAGUCCACCCAUCAGGUAAAGUGGGUUGUAGGAGAGAACGGAGUGCUCAAACCAAAACGUGUAAAUCCCAACGUGUAUCAGCCUCCAUCGCUCAAAGCUGUGCAGAAGAUGGCCGAGGCACAAAUGCUGAAACUAGGUGUCUACCCUCCCUUGGAAGACCCCUAUGAGGGGGAGGAGUAUGAGGACCACUGGCAGGGAGAGGAGGGAGAGGACGCGCGUCCCGCCAAAGCUGCCGAUCACCAGGAGACGGCGACCACCGAGCAGUCGGUCAAGUUCUCCAGUGUGAGAGAGACGGCCAAGCAGAUCCAAGCAGCAGCGCAGGAGGAAGAGGAGGAGGACGAAGAAGAAGAAGAGGAGGAGGAGGAGGAGGGGGAGGAGGAGGGGGACAAAUCGGUGGCGAGAAGAGAGGAGAACAGUCGAGGGAGUAACUGAGAGAGAGAGAAAUAAAGAGAGGAGGAGGAGGAGGAGGAGGAGGGUAAAUAUUUGGAGGAAAGAUUUUGGGGAGGAGAGGGAAGGUUGUUGUCAAGUGGAAAAUGAAGAACUGGGAGUUCUGUGUUUGUUUGACUGACAAGACACUUCAGUAAAAUUGAGGAUGUGAGCAAACUAAUAUUUCCUCCACCUGCUCCACCAGGUCCAGGGCCAGAUGGGUUUAACGAGAGAGCACAUGAGGGGGCAGGAGCGAGGAGGAGGGUAUCAGGGUGUCAGGAGUCGAGCCCGUAUGAGCAGGUGAGGAGUGAACCCCCCCCCACACCCCCGACAGACCGCAGACUGCAGACGCCACUUUGGCCCAAUGCCCCUUUGUUGGAAGUGAGAGUAGAGGGGGUCAAGGUCGACGUGACCCAGGCCUCAACUCUUCCUCCGUGCGUCUGCUCAGAGCUCAAUGUUCCUUUUAAAGAAGGUAGAAAUUUAAAAAAAGAAGCUUUAACAAGGACCGAAUCUUAUAGCAACAAUUCAAAAAGUACUUGAAGCUCUUUAAACGUGCACUUCACAUCAUCUGUCCUGAUCCUGCAGCACAAUUCGUUGUUUAAAUUAGAACACGCGUAUACUGCCACCUUGUGGUAUGAAGUAGGAACGACAGCUUUAAAGUGGCCAAAAGUUAGAAUCCUUAAUGUUUCCAUAAAACCGAACCUUGUUUUUCGUUGUAAAUACCUGGUCUGCACAAUUGUAAUCCAGCUGUUUUCUCGCUGACAUCAUCACCAUCUCUGUUAAUUUUUCACGCCCUCAACCAACAUCAUAUCAACAAGGAAUGAAAUCUCACAGAUUAUUGACUUUAAUCUCUGGAAGUCCAAAAAAACCCAGUAUUUUGAAAACGAACACCCAUAGAAACUCAUGCUCAAACCAUUUCUGUAUCAUAAUCCUCUUCUGUUUUCAUUCACACAUAAUAAAAAAGACAAGACACUAAAAGACAUGCGGGGGUAGAGCAUCACUGAGCAGCAACAAAAUCUUUGUCUAUUAUAGAGUGGGCGUAAGUGUGUCGUCAUCGCAUACCACACCACACUUUUCAUUUUUGAGAUUAUUUCAAAUUAAGCGGGCUGCUUAAAGGGCAAAGCUACCUCUAAUUUGUUUUAAAUUUACAUAACCCUGAGAUUUUCCUCCACGACUCAUUCAUUUGAACUUGAUUCAUUGUGAACUGACAAAAAUAUAUAUAUUUUUUGGGGGGGGAUCUCACACUGCUCAUAGAUUCCCCCCUCCCCCCCUUUUUGGCACUUUUCUAUCGUCAUCUUUUGAAUCGUUCGCUCAUGACUUGUAUAUUCGUGGGUCUGUUGUAAGAGCUAUUUUUCUAAUCUAACGUUCGGUGUGUGUGUGUGUGUGCGUGUGUGCGUGUGUGUGAGUGUGUGUGUGAGUAGCUCAUCUCCCUGUUUCUACUGUCUAUAUUCUACUGUACUGUCUGACUGACAACCUGAGCAAACACAAACUGUCUGCACUCUUUUUACCGCCGACGCUCUCUUGGUCUCAAUACAAUUUUAAAUGUUUUUAUUCAGAAUGUGUCAAAUUUUAAUUUUUGCAAUUUAACAGGCUCUGUGUAAUAAGAAGGAUUUCCAGGAUUAAAGUAAAUCUCGCUGUUUGUAUCAUCUGAGUGGCUGUUUGUAUAUAUAUAUAUUAAAAUAAAACAACUGUGUGAAACUUUUUUUAACCUCUGACCUGCUCAGAUUGUUGGACGACCUGUUGACUGAGCAGGUCGACGCCGACCUCCCUCCCUCCUCCGCUCUCUCUGUUCACCUCCCCCUCCCCCUCCGACUCAGAAGGAAACAACCAUGGAAAGACAUGUAUGAACUCCUUAAUGCCCCAAUUUUUUUUCUCUCGAUUUUUCUUCCAUUGUUGUUGUUGUUUCUCAAUGUGACGUGAUUGUUUUAAAGUGAGCAGCAAUAUGAUAUCAAAAUUAAUAAACCGUUAUUACUUUUCUCCUUUAA